UCCCGGCCCGCAGGGGGCCCCGGAGCCCGCCCCGCUCGGCGUCGGUGUCCGGGGCGGAGCCGGGGCCGGGAUCAUGCAGCCCUCCGCGGCCAAAGACUCCGUGCAGGCGGCGGCCCAGAAGUUCCUGAAUUUUGUGAAUCGGGGCCCCUCCCCCUACCAUGUGGUUGCCGAGUGCCGGAGCCGUCUGCUGCAGGCAGGGUUCUGGGAGCUGAAGGAGGCUGAGCACUGGGACAUCCAGCCCGAGCACAAGUACUUCGUGACCCGGAACUACUCCACCCUGAUCGCCUUCGCCGUCGGGGGCCGGUACCAGCCUGGCAACGGCUUCAGUCUGAUUGGCGCCCACACGGACAGCCCCUGCCUCAGGGUGAAGCGUCGCUCCAAGAGAGGCCAGGUGGGCCUGGUGCAGGUGGGCGUGGAGACCUAUGGAGGUGGGAUUUGGAACACCUGGUUUGACCGGGACCUGACUGUAGCCGGGCGGGUGAUCGUAAAGGAGCUGGCUGCGGGGCGGCUGGAGCAGCGGCUGGUGUGGGUGGAGCGGCCCGUCCUGCGCAUCCCCAACCUGGCCAUCCACCUGCAGCGCAGUGUCAACGAGAGCUUUGGGCCCAACACGGAGCAGCACCUGGUGCCCAUUCUGGCCACUAACAUCCAGGAGGAGCUGGAGAAGGGGGCACCCAAGGCUGGGGCUCCCUGCACUGCUGAUGCCCAGACGGAGCGGCAUGCCCCCGCCCUGCUGUCCCUGCUCUGCUCCCAGCUGGGCGUGAAGCCGGAGCAGAUUGUGGAGAUGGAGCUGUGUCUGGCGGAUACGCAGCCAGCGACGUUAGGUGGUGCCUUUGAUGAGUUCAUUUUCUCCCCCCGCCUGGACAAUCUGCACAGCUGCUACUGUGCCCUGCAGGCCCUGAUUGGCUCCUGUGAGGCUCUCGGCUCCCUCUCCCAGGAGCCCAACGUCCGCCUGAUCGCGCUGUACGACAACGAGGAGGUGGGCUCGGAGAGCGCGCAGGGCGCCGAGUCCCUGCUGACAGAGCUGGUUCUGCGCCGCAUCUCGGCCACGCCCCAGAACCUGACGGCCUUCGAGGAGGCCCUGGCCAAGUCCUACCUGCUCAGCGCCGACAUGGCCCACGCCGCCCACCCCAACUACCUGGACAAGCAUGAGGAGAAUCACCGGCCGGCCUUCCACAAGGGCCCCGUGAUCAAGGUGAACAGUAACCAGCGCUAUGCCUCCACGGCUGUCACCGAGGCAGUGAUCCGGGAGAUCGCGGGCCGCGUCAACGUUCCCCUGCAGCCCUCCAGGAGCUUUCAAAGAUAGUUGCUCACAGUUCUGAUUGCUUCAGCUAGCUCCUUAAAUAGCCUUGGCUGAAUGUCACAGUCCCUGCCGGCCUGGAUACGUCCAACUCCUCCAAAUCAUCACUAACCUGCUCGUUUCCCCUUCUGGCUUGGUCCAUCCCCCUUGUUGCUCACAGUAAUUGUGUGGAGUGUCUGGUCACCGUGAACCUUUCUAGUGAAGCCUGAAGCAAAAUAGAUAUUAAACACCUCAGCUUCUUGAGCACCAGUUACUGGCGCCUUCCCCACUCAGCAAAGGACCUGCCCUUCCCUUUGUCUUUCCCUUGCUCCAAAUGUGUUUGCAGCCCCUCCUCUUGCUGCCUGCCUUGCCCCUGCUCCGUGAGCUCAUCCUGCGGCUCCAGCAUGGGCUGUUCCGUGCUCCUUAGUCAUUGGUUGGGUUCUACUUUUUGUAGGAUUCUUUCCUGAGUUCCUGUUGAUGGAAGCCCCCCGUGCCCUGCUUCCCUAGCUCCCCUGGGCUGGCCUCCCCUCCUGUCUAGCCUCUCUUCGGACCCCUUCUGCCUUUGUUCUCCAGCUCGGCCUGCAGAGAGGCGUGCGGGGCAGUAACUUGCCGUAGUCAGUAUUCAGUCACUGAGGUUUCCGUUCAGAGGUGCUGGUUCCAGCCCAGGCAGCCUCAGCGGCUGUCCCCCAAAUGUCUGGCCUGCUCUCCGUGUCCCGGGGAGCCCCACAGUUCUUUCCCACCAUGGGGGGGCACUGCCGAUGGGAUAGGCCCGGAGCUGGAAUAUUCCCAGGUUCCUAGGCCGGAAGGC